UAAUGCACCCUUGUGGAUGCAAACUGCCGCUAAACGCCAGAAAAGAAGAAGAGGAGCAGGAAGACGUGUAUCUAUGCAUUGUUUUUUCCUGUUCUUGUUUGUUUUUGAGGAGACAAGUCCUAAAGAUAUAACGCAGCCUACAGGCUGUACCUGAGCAAACCGCCGUGUGGUGAUUAGUGCCUCUUCUACAUAUUUUGCAUAUGAAAAUUGGUUUGGUACAGAAAGCACAUCUUCCUGAAAGAGAAACAAAGGGGACAAGUUGUUUUGUUCUGCAUCCAGUGCAUGUGGCAGCACCCCAGCUCACUCCCAUGACACCCUGCUAGGUCAAUUCCUGGAGCUUAUGUUGAUAAUGGUCAGAGAUAAUGGCCUGGUUUCAUCAUGCCAUGCAAGACGCAAGCCUACCUCAAUCACAUUCCAUGAAGAACCAUACACUGGACAAUCAUGCAUGCCUUGAGUCAAAUCCCAGAUCAGCUAUACCAUUAGCUUUAUCCGAGAGCCAAGCUUUGCCUCAGCUCCUUCAGUCCUCCAAUACGUCCUACCCUACUGAUUCAAAUAAAAUUGUAUGCCCACAAGAGGGGGAGCAGAUCUCUUCCCUUAACCAGACUAAUGGUCCAGUGCAUAUGUCAUACGUGACUCUCCAGGAACAGCGUUGUGUGAUUAACUGGUUUCUUGGCUGGGGUUGCCCCCAAAAAGAAUGCUUUCUUCAAGACCUAAUUUCAAAGGCAGUACCAGGAAAAGUCUGCAGCUUACUGGAGCACCUUAACAAACUACAGGUAAAGGACCACUCUCCCAAUAUUUUUGACUGUCAGUUGAGGCUAUGGACACAGUGGUUUGACACAUGGACUGAGGAGGAAAGAAAUGCCUUCUUGACCAGCCUGGAAGAAAAGGAUCCAAUGUUUGUUGGUCAGUUCUACAAAGAAUUAGCUAGUACUGCUGGAAGAGAUUAAUUACUUCUAGAUAAAUAUUUAUAAAAAUGUAUUAUUUCAUGUAUGCCUCAUCUAAAAGUGCAUUCAACAACGCCUUUUCUUUUGGAGGAGUAAAUUCUUUUGGCAAAGUACUUAAGAUUAAUAUUAGAAGGCAGCUGAUCACCCAAAGGAGACUCAAUGUAAUGACAUUUAAAUGACAGACUGUAAUAACAUGAAUGAAUAUUAACAGUGAUCAUAAAUAAAAUCUAAGGGCAUGAUGUAAAACAUGAUUAAAAUAAAAGCAUAUGAUUGCCAAAUGGUCUGCAUGGUCACUAUCUUUUUAAUGACAGGUAAACUGUUAUUUUGUAUUUUUAUUUACAUAUACUUAUAAUAUUAAUUUAUACACUUAUUAUAACAAAUGUUAU